AUGGCAGAUUUAGAUAUGGGCGUAGGUGCUGGUUCAUCUAAUAUGGCGAAAAAACAGAAAAUUGUUGAAGAAGCGGAUGAAAAGGCACAUGACACUACUAUCAAGGUGGUAGAGAUAUCAGCUCAAUUCCCUUUCAUGAAAUCCAUCCGUACUAAAUCACAUGUUGCCUACAGGAGGAGGUUGCUAGAGAAUUCGGUGUGCCUGUUGAGUGUCAACGGUUCUGGACAAGUUACAACUCCGAUUAUGUAUUAUUCUUUUUGUUCCGGAUAUGUUGGUAGCCUUUACGUGAGGAGCUCUCAAAAACCAACUGAAAUCGUAUCAAAAUUAAAUGAGAAAGUUGGGUUUAGUCCAGAUGAAGAAAUUGAGCUGUAUGAGGAAAUUAAAUUUGAGCGGCAUCAUGAACUAGAGUUUGAUCCAUGUGUGAUGUGUGCACGUCUUGACAUUAAAACCUCAUUUGGAUGUAGCCAGAUCAAGGACGGAGACAUAAUUUGCUUUCAGAAAGUAUUUGAGGCUGGUGAUAAAGACAACAAAUAUCCUAACAUUCCUUCAUUUCUGGAACAUGUCUAUUAUAGUCAGGUGGUUCAUUUUCGAUCUAAGGGGAAGCCUGAGGAGGAUGCUUUCACUCUUGAAUUGUUUCGUCCUCACAACGUGAAUUUGAAUCUCCCAGAGUGCGAUUUCCCCAUUGAAUAUCCAUUUGAAGGAAAUUUGGUAGACAUGCUAGGCACCUCUAAUGAGGUGAAUGUAUCUCCUCCAGAUGCUGAACUUAGAUUGCUUCUGUUAUACCGCCAUAGGAUUUACAAGGUCUUCAGACUGUGGGAGAGAAUUGUUUUUAUAGAUGAUACCUGGGUAUUACGUGCAGAGAAAAUUCCAGAAGAAGAGAAGGACCUGAAACCCGGGUAUCGGCGUAUUCAUGUAUACCAUUUCAUCAAACAGGCUCAACAGAAGUGGGGGCUGCAACAGGUGAAAAACUUUGGGGAGCCUUUCUUUAUGAUAAUUCAUGAAGAUGAAACUUUAGCUGCUAUUAAACCCCGCAUUCAGUGCAAGUUAGUAGUACCCGAUGAUGAAUUUUCCAAUGGAUCACGUAGAUACUUCCGAGAUAUUCCUAAUUAA